ACGGAGCUGUCAAACAGCAACAGUCGUCUGAAAUAUUAUCCCGGGCGGUACAAAAAUCGUCGUACUUUGCUCUCUUGUGGAAGUAAGAAGCACUGAAACAGUCUUCGAGUUCGCUUUGACAGUUCAGCCUUUGGACUUUUAAACCGUCGCGACAAAAAACUUCCUGUUUUGUGUGUGUUGGUGAAUCUUAGCUCUUUGCUUGGCUCGAGUUUUGUUGACAAACUAGCCAGUCAGCUAGUCACUGAGCUAGCUGCGUUACCAACUUUGCUGUUUGCCGUUUGUUGCUGUCGAUAAACGCUAACGGUACCCGGGAAAGGAAUGAAAUGGAACCCAGCUUGAACUGUUCUUGCAAAUAUCUCCAUGAAAUAAAAACAGGUCUCCAAUGGCUCACCAUACAUCCAUCAAACAUGUGAAAAGUUUGUCAUCCUGGUGGACUCCCCAGUUACAAGCUGUGAGGGAACUGGACUAGUAGGAAACAUCUUGGAUCCAGCCAGGGUGUGUCACCAGGGGUUCUCCAAGCACAAUUUUAAACUGAAGUCUACGUGUGUGACAUUUUCUCCCAGGACACAAGCUGGUAAAUUCUGUGCUGCCGUGGAACCCAUUAAAACGAUCUAGUCCUCUUGUCAUGUGGAUACAUUACAGAAAAGGCCCACAUUACCCUCACUGGUAUCACCAUCUUAUACAUCACCAUGGACCGGAAUAAACGCAACUCCAUUGCUGGGUUUCCUACACGUCCAGAACGUAUCAAUGAGGACGGAGAUGUAAUUGGAGGGAUAGGGGUCGGUGAGAUGGGCAUGAACCCCCCUUCACAGGUGGGCAGGGUGUGGCCAUCAUCCUACAGAGCCCUCAUCAGUGCCUUCUCCUGUCUUACACGCCUUGAUGACUUCACCUGUGAAUGGAUCGGCUCUGGAUUCUUCUCUGAUGUCUUCAAGGUACGCCAUCGAGCUUCAGACCAAGUAAUGGCACUGAAGAUGAACAAGCUCAGCAGCAACAGAGCUAACAUGUUGAGAGAGGUCCAACUAAUGAACCGGCUUUCACAUCCAAGCAUACUCAGGUUCAAGGGAGUGUGUGUCCAUGAGGGCCAGCUUCACGCUCUGACAGAGUACAUCAAUGGUGGAAACCUGGAGCAGCUUCUAGACAGCAACAAACACCUGAGUUGGCCCACAAGGGUGAAGCUGGCCAGUGAGAUCGCCAGCGGUCUGGCCUACCUGCACUCAAAAGGCAUAUUCCACCGGGACCUCACCUCUAAGAACUGCCUGAUCAAAUGUGAUGACAACGGAUACACAGUGGUGGUUGGAGACUUUGGCCUGGCAGAAAAGAUCCCCACCAAUCCUGCUGAACGAGAGAAGCUUUCAGUGGUCGGCUCUCCUUUCUGGAUGGCCCCUGAGGUGCUGAGAGAUGAACUCUACAACGAGAAGGCUGACGUCUUCUCCUAUGGUAUAAUCCUGUGUGAGAUCAUUGCGAGGGUCCAGGCUGAUCCUGACUUCCUUCCCCGCACAGAGAACUUCGGCCUGGACUAUCACACGUUCCAGCACAUGGUUGGAGACUGUCCGCCUGACUUCCUCCAGCUGGCUUUCAACUGCUGCAACAUGGACCCCAAACUCCGUCCAUCCUUCCCAGACAUCGUCAGGCACCUCGAAGAGAUUCUCGCUCGUCUUAAAGUUCAAGAGGUGGAGCACGAGUGUGUCCCACUCAGUGGGGACAACGACAAGAAAACCAUACCCAAAGGUGAGAAGAUGCAGGGCUUCAAGCGACUGAAUCCUCUCGGUUUCCAGGAUGAUAAAAUACCUCCCAAAUCACCCCGCCCCCGGCGAAACAUCUGGCUCAGCCGCAGCCAAUCAGACAUCUUCUCCUGCAAACCAGGAAGAAAAGUCAACGUCCAGGACCCUUACUAUAACCCCCCCAACUCUCACAGAGCCACUAAAGCCCGCAAGAUCAACCCGUUCACUGCCCGAGAAGACCUGUGCGGGGGCAAGAUCAAGUUUUACGACGUGCCCAGCAAGUCCGUCUUCUCACUGGUGUUUGACCUCCACUCUCCUCCGGGGAGUGUGUUCAGUAACCAGCCACCUGCGAACGGAGGACCCCAACAGGAGACAUCUUACUACUGGCAGCAGCUGCCAGGAAGACAGUGUCACUCCUUACCAGUGUCCCCCCAGCUGCCCCGCUCAGAGAUCUUCCACCCCGCUGCAGCUGUUAGCUCCAAUAACAACGGUUCUGUUACCUGUAACUCCAGCCAGCUCUCCACGACGCUGCAAGGUGAUUCCAGGUCUGACACAGGCCCGGUGGGAAAUGACGUCCGACAGAAGGCAGCGCUGAGCGGCUGGGCGAAGAAAUACGUCGUGGUUGAGAUCCCACCUUACUGCAGGCAGAGAGGAGGGGAGGAGGACGGAGAAGACGGGAGGAAGGAGGGAAACAAGGGGGACGAGCUUGGGGAGAGCUGGUCUCCGAUGGACAGUGGAGAGGCGAUGGACUGCUCCAGCAGCCUGGAGGGAGAGGAGGAACGACAGAUCGGGACAGACGCCUGCCCCAUGUUAACACACAUGUAAAUACACACACACACACACAAAUGGAGGAGUGACCAGGAGGAUGUGGUGGAUUUGGACAGGACAGGGGGACUUUUACCCCUGGAUUGUGGACAUGGAGGCAGUGGGAACUCUUUUUUAAAAGUGGACAGACUGGACACAUUUCAAAUCAUUUUGAAAAAUAAAAUGUAAAAAAGAAAAGACAAAACACUUGAUUUUUACCUUUCAAGUGAAUGUAUCACAUGUUGAUCAAUAAAUCAAGCACACGUGAUCUUAAGAAAUAAAUAUCUUACAAAGGUGUUAUCACCCAGGUGUGACAGGACAAGUCUCCAUUUAGCACACAAAGAAGCUUUUAUCCACACAAUGGACACUCAGCAUAGAGAUUAUUUUUUUGAAAAAGUUGUUUAUAUUUAAUAACGUGAGAGGAUGUAGAUUUCUUUCCCUUUAAAGGUUUCUUAUAUUAGGUGUCUUUGUGUAUGAUGAAGAGUAUUGGUGAUCCCUUGUGUUGUGUAUGUGUGACUUGUUAAAAAUCAAAGCUUGUGUUUUGAUACUUUUCCUUGUGGUCUUCGUUAGACAAAUGUUUAAACUAAAUCAACAAAAUCCCAUAUUUUUGCUUAACAAGACUGAUAUUCAGAUGAGAACAUUUUUAAAUUGUAUAAUAACUGAGUGCCUGAAAAACAACACUCGUUAGACAGGUGUUUAAUGUCAAACCAUCCUAAGCAGUGGAAAAAUAUUUCACACGACAAAUCUCCAACCGGGAACUCUGCCUAGCAACAGCAAUAGUGAAUUCAUAGAGGAGAUGGUUGUAGGUUAAGGUUUCAUCCAGCCCAUUACGUUCUCAUUUAAAAACCUAAAGGUCAUGUUGCAUUUGUCUUAAACAGUCAGAGCUGUCAGUCACUUCAGAACUGUUGUAUACCGGUGAUUUUAACAUCUUUUCACCCACUAAUUACAAGUACCGCACUUUGGUAGCCACUUGAUGACAUAGCGGUUUUAUCUGGGAUGGUCAGAGGCCCUGUAUAUCAGCCAAACCACCGCCAUUCAACAGUCAAAGCAGAGUGUACAUAAGUAGUGUUGUGGAGACAUCAGACAUGGAUGUUGAGAGGAAGGACCUUGUUUUUGCAUUAAAAAUUGCUGCCAGGAAGCCAAAUUUCAAAUCUCAGAUGUCACAGUUUACUUGAAUGCAGCACAAGUUUUAAAAACCGUCCCCUCCUAAUGCAAACAGGGCGACAGUGAAAUUGUUAAAACCAAAUAAAGCCAAAAUGCAUUUUUUUUGCUGCAAUGAGUUGCCACUCUCUAAAACAAGUUUAAAGCAAGACCAUGCAACUUUUGAAAGACAACACAGUCUUCCUCUUAAAAAUGCACCUGUACUCACUGCGACCCACUCAGGGAUUUAGCUGCCCUAUCUGGUCUGGUUUGACCAGAAGCUUGUUGUGGCUAAUGUUAGUUUGUACCCACCAAACACGCCGGACUCAGGAUGAAUAUAUUGUAAGAAAAAAGGAAUAUGGCUUUCUCCUCAAACAAUAAAGGACAACAAAGAGUAAUGUGGAUUCAGCAAUAUUCACUGCCUGCAACUGCCAGCUCAUCUGGCUGAGAACAAUGUACAAUAUAUAACAUAAAUCAUAGUAUUGUAUCAAAUCAUAGUAUCCCAAAAUGAACAAACCCUGCAGAAAUACCUUGAAAUUCAACGUGCCAUCGAGCUGUCAUGGCUGUGAUCUACAAAAGUUGCGUGGUCUUGUCCCAACUGAAACGUGUAUGGGAAAUCCAUCUUAUGUCAAACCUAUAGAAAUGAGAAGCAGUGGUGUAAAUUGUACAUUAAUUCACUUUGUCAAAAUACUGCAAAUACGUCCUGAAACAUGGUGAUUUUCCGUCUUCCAGAAAACUUGCUAUGAGCUUUCGAUGUGAUGCUAGUGCUAAGAUGAGGAGAGCAGUGUAUGAGGCCUGCUACCCUCACUCUGUACUGUCAAAGUCUCAGUUUCCAUGUCAACCCCAGCAUCUUAAAGAGAAAAGAAACCGAGAUCUGAAGUAGAAACUCAAACGAGACUUCAGUUAAUGGAAUCGUUUCCUUAGAUGGAGCACAUGACUACUUCCUGUGAAUUGAGAUUCCUUCUGAUCUGUUCUAAAUGUCUCCCAGCAGGAUGCUCUGACACAUGCCGUCACGUGGCCGCUGCUAACAUCGGGUCAAAUUAGUCUUAAUGAAUUUGCGGUCAUGUUCUGCUUUUAUGAACACUUCACAGAUGUGGGUGAGAUGUGUGAGCCGCUGGUUGGGCUAAAAGUGUUUCCUCUUCUUCAAUCAUCGAGUCUCAUUGAGAAGGUUUGUUUAACAUCGAAACUGUCGUCAGUGUCUGUCUGAAUGUUUUCAGUGCACAAAAAAUAAAUGAUGGUGUCUAUUUGUUGAGCCUUGUUUGCCUCUGCUCCACUACUUUAUGAUGCUCCGGUUGUAUUCUGCUGGUCUCAGUCUGGUCAAUUCAAUAGGAACUAAAAUGCACGUGUACAGUGAUACAUACAGUCAUCUCCUCUGAACUGCUUGUCACUACUUUUCUAUGCAACCGGUGUAACUUUUAUGGCAGUGUUUUAGAUAUUUAUGAGAAAACGUUUCUAAUGUCUUUGUGUAUUUGUAUAUUUGUGUAAAAAUGCAGACUGAAUACAGACUGAGAUGUUUUUCCUGAUCCAAUAACAAAGCUUACCUGA